AUGAAUCUUACACCCAAGUGCAAGUGGUACCUAGCAUUUGUGAUUGCAGUCAGUGCUGGAGGAGUACGUUUAGUGGAUGGCCCAUACAACUGCUCUGGCAGGGUGGAGGUGUACUAUGCAGGCCAGUGGGGUACAGUGUGUGAUGACAACUGGGACCUGCUGGAUGCCAAGGUAGUGUGUAGAGCACUGGGUUGUGGGGCAGCCCAGAAGGCCCUGGACCAGGCCCACUUUGGUGGGGGUAAGGGGGAGAUCUGGCUAGAUGAUGUGGAAUGUUCUGGGAAUGAAGAGUCAUUGCUUAGCUGCAGCUCAGAUGGACUGGGGUCACACAACUGUGGACACUUUGAGGAUGCAGGAGUGAUAUGUGAGGAUCAGUCAGCUGGCUUGACAGUGCGCAUAGUUGAUGGUCCCAAUCACUGCUCUGGAAGGGUGGAGGUCUACCAUGAUGGGAGUUGGGGGACAGUCUGUGAUGAUAAUUGGGGUUUCCUAGAUGCCCAAGUUGUAUGUAGGGAGCUGAGCUGUGGACCAGCCACAGAGGCUCCUCACCAGGCUUACUUUGGUGAGGGGAGUGGCUCAAUCCUAUUGGACGAUGUGGCAUGCAUGGGAAGUGAGGGAUCUUUACUGGAAUGCAACUCAGGAGGGAUAGGAAACCAUAACUGUGGCCAUGAUGAAGAUGCCAGUGUAACUUGCAUGAUGGUGGUCCCAGAUGAUGGCCCGUUGAUCCGGCUGGUGGAUGGUCCUGAUCAGUGUUCAGGGAGGGUGGAAGUGUAUUAUGCGGGGCAGUGGGGUACGGUGUGUGAUGAUGACUGGGACGUGAGCGACGCUGACGUGGUCUGCAGACAGCUCAGCUGUGGGUGGGCUAUGGAUGCCCCAGGACAGGCCUGGUUUGGUAUGGGAGUUGGCAUUCCCAUUCUGCUGGACAACAUAGCCUGUGUUGGCACAGAAGGCACUCUCUUUGACUGCCCCUCUGAGGUGAUAGGUCAGCAUAACUGCAUGCAUCCUGAGGAUGCGAGUGUGGUCUGCUCAGGUUCACACCAGACUGGACCUUCAAUUCGCUUGGCCGGUGGCUCCAACAACUGCUCUGGUAGAGUGGAGGUGUUCCACUCUGGCCAGUGGGGUACAGUGUGUGAUGAUGACUGGGAUCUGAAGGAUGCCCAGGUGGUGUGUCAAGCACUGAGCUGUGGGAUGGCCCAGGAAGCCCCAGGUAGAUCCUGUUUUGGUCAGGGCUCAGGACCCAUCACUCUGGAUGAUGUAUCGUGUGAGGGCACAGAGAAAUCAUUACAAGACUGCAUCGGAAGUGAACCAGGGGUACACAACUGUGACCAUAAUGAGGAUGCAGGAGUCAUCUGUGCAGAUGGCAUCUUUGAAGUGCGUAUAGUCAACGGCCCCAACAACUACUCUGCUAGAGUGAAGGUGUUCCACUCUGGCAAAUGUGAUAGCGCUUCCAGAGUGCGUCUGGUCAACGGCACCAACAACUGCUCUGGUAGAGUGGAGGUGUUCCACUUUGGCCAGUGGGGUACAGUGUGUGAUGAUUGGUGGGAUCUGAGGGAUGCCCAGGUGGUGUGCAGAGAGUUGGGCUGUGGAGAAGCUCAAGAGGCCUUUAGAUCUGCAGAGUUUGGAGAAGGAAGUGACUCCAUCUCUCUGGAUGACCUGGCUUGUUCUGGCUCUGAAGACUCUUUGCUGCAGUGUCCCCACAGUGGACUGGGGAACCAUAACUGUGUCCACUAUGAAGAUGCAGGAGUUACCUGCGCUGGUCCUUCUGGAGGCAUCCAGCCAUUCAACUCAUCAUGGACCCAGGGUUCUGGUUCCGGAGGUUUCUGA